AUGAGCAACCAACUCGAGCAGACCAAGCAGGACCACAUUCCCCAGGUCAGGGAUGUCAAGACUCACUUCCUCUCCGGCGAACCCGGAACCACCGGUCGUGAGCCGUUUGAGGAGUCCUCCGCUACCGGUCCCGGCAACAACUACCUCUCUACCGGGUCGCACCAACCCCAUAACGAGGCCCUGCACGCCGCUCACGGUGACCAAAACAACCGGGGCGUCGACCACCUCACUGCCGGUUCGGGCCUCGCUGCUGGUGGUGCAGGCGCUACUGGCCUCGCCCACAACACCCACUCUUCCGGUCUCAAGGGUGACCACUCUCACGGUCACGGUAUCUCGGCCGAGAGCGACGCCCGGACCGCCGGUACCGGCGGUGUUGCCGGCGACCCCGUCGGAUCCCACUUCUCCAACGACAAGACUACGCGCCACAUCAACGAGAACCAGGCGGACGAGCGGAACGACCGUUCCCUCGCCGACAAGGCCAAGUCGGCCAUCGGUCUCGGCGGCUCGUCCAACUACGCCGCGGCGGACAAGGACAACCGGGAUGUCGUCGACAAGAUUAACGACGUCCUCCCCGGUACGCCCGCCAAGAAGCACGACUCUUCCUCCACUACCACUGGAACUGGCCACCACACCGGUUCCAGCGCCACCACCGGCUCCACCCUCGGCGGCCACUCGGCGUCGGACGCGUACGGACCCGGCCACACCCACGCGGACCGUGAUGACGUCGGAACCGGAAUCGCCUACGGCGCAGGCAAGCACGGUACCGACCACUACGGCCCCGGCCACACUGGCGCGGACAACCGCGAGAUCGGGAUCGCCGGCAGCGGGAUCUCUGGCCACAAGGGCGAGGGCAGGGACCACGGCGACCGGGUUGGCGCGCUCGGCCAGGAGUCGCGCAAGUACGAGGGUGAUCUCCACUCGGGACCUCGGACGGGCGGCGCGGCGGGUACCGACAGGUUUGACUCGGACCGUACCGGCGUUGCGGGCGGUGUCGGUUCGGGCUUGAACAGGCAGCACGACGACGGUGUCCACCACGACACCUCGCAGCGCGCUCCUGGACAGUCUUCGGGCGGUAUCGGCGGUGUCCUCGGCACUUCCGACAAGGACUUCACUGGCCGUGAGCGCCAAGGCAAGGGUGCCUACGCCGACACGGACGGCAAGUUCGAGCUCAACAAGACUGGUCCUGCAGGCAACACCGCGUUGACCGGCCGCGAGGGCAACCUCGACAACAACCCCGUCCGCGAGGCCGGCGCGCACAAUGCCCACGCUACCGACUCGUCUUCCCACUCGCACACCACUGGCUCGAACGCUACUGCCCACGACGCCGCGGUGGCGGGUGAGCACACUGGCGAGAAGAAGGGGUUCCUUGCUAAGGUCAAGGAUGCGAUUUUGUAA